AUGUCAAAAAACGAAGAAUCACCUGAAGUUGAAAAGAAAACUGAGAUUAGUGCUGAAGUGGAUCAAGCUCUUUCAAAUUUAUCUUCUACUCUGGACUCAGUGCCACCUACUGUCAACAAGCUUUGUCUGAAAGAGUUAGCAGCCUAUAAUAUAAAUAUUGUGGAUGAUUGUCAAAAUCCUAUUGAGAUUCUUAUUGGGGCUGAUGUAGCUGGAAAACUCAUGACAGGUGGUCGUCGUGAGUUGUCUUGUGGUCUCGUAGCUAUUGAGACCAAAUUUGGAUGGUCAGUUAUGGGACGCAUGCCGAAUACUUCGAAAAAUCUAUGGACUUUGGACACACUUGAGAUCACUGACCCAUCUGUCAAGAAAAACCAGACUGAACUACAAGAAGCUGCUCCGUUACAUUUUCUAAAUACAGUUCGUAUAGUCGAUGAUCGUUUCGAGGUUGAUUUGCCCUGGUUGGAAUAUCAUCCACCACUAACAGACUAUUUUGACUUAGCCGAGAGAAGGCUGAACAAAACUGUUAAACGUCUUAAAAUCGAGUCCAAUUAUGAAGCUUAUGGGGAUGUUUUCAAGGAAUGGCUAGAAGAGGGAGUAAUUGAAGAGGCUGAUAAAAAUUAUCAAGGGCAAGUUCUUUACCUUCCUCAUCGAGAAGUUAUCAAAAAGAAUAGCACUACAAAACUCCGACCGGUAUUUGAUGUUUCGGCCAAAGUAAAGGGAUUUCCUAGUCUUAAUGACUGCUUAGAAAAAGGCCCAAAUCUAAUAGAACAGCUUCCGAGUAUUUUAACACGCUUUCGAAAAGAAAAGAUUGGUGUUAUUACUGAUAUACGAAGAGCCUUUCUUCAAAUAAGUGUUUCACCUACUGAUAGAGACUUUUUGCGGUUCUUAUGGCUUGAUAGUGAUGGUCAACUGAAAGUGUACAGGCACUGCCGUGUAGUUUUUGGUGUAGUAAGUAGCCCUUUUCUUCUAAACUCUGCUAUUCAGCUUCACCUACAAACUGUUUUAGAGAAAAUAGAAACCGGUGAAUCCUUAUAUACGAAAGGUGUCAUUCAAAAACUUAUGCAUAGUUUUUAUGUUGACAAUUGUGUCAGUUGUGUUAAAAAUGAAGAACUCAAUCAUUUUAUUAGUGUAUCAACUGAGGUAAUGGCUGAGAGAAAAUUUGAGCUUAGAGGGUGGGAGUUCAAUGAUAUUAAUGCUGAUGCUUCUGCUGAUACAAAUGUGCUCGCUCAUAGAUUGUUUGAUCCUCUUGAUAUAUGUUGUCCUGUUAUCCUUAUCCCUAAGUUAUUACUUCAAGAAACUUGGAAGCAGAAGAUAACAUGGGAUGAAGAAGUUGAUAACUGUACGAGAACUACAUUUUUAAAAUGGUUGAAAGAUAUUGACUAUCUGGAAAAGAUCCAUUUUCCAAGAUAUUUUGGUUCAAGGAGUACGAGUGAAAAUACUUCAGUACAUAUUUUCUGUGAUGCCAGUAAGCAAUAUGCCGUGGCUGCUUUCAUUCGUAUAAAACCUUUUGAUUCUACUAAAGUACAACUGAUACAAGCCAGGAGUAGAGUUACACCAACUGGAAAAGAAGAAACUACUAUCGCGAGAUUGGAAUUACUUACAGCUAAUAUAGCGUGUCGCCUUUCGUCCUCAAUUUUGUCUGAGAUACAGAGUGAAGAAGUUUACUUCUGGACUGAUUCUUCUACUGUUUUAGCAUGGAUAACGAGAGAAGAAGCCUGGAGUGUAUUUGUCCAGAAUAGGUUGAAGGAAAUACGAAGACUAACAAAUAAAGAUUCUUGGAGACAUAUUCCUGGUUGCAUGGAUCCAGCUGAUCUUCCGAAUAGAGGUUGUUCAGCUCUCUCCUUAUUGAAAUCUCAGUGGUGGUUAGGUCCAAAGUUGGCUUUACUUGCCUGA